UGUGAAUGUUCCGCUGAGUGAAUGAUGGCGUGCCUGCUGGAGGCCCCUUUACGCAUCAGCGUGUUAUCUGAAGUCACAGCCACGAGUCGCCACUAUGUUGACCGGCUUUUUGACCCCGACCCACAGAACGUGCUGCAGGGAGUCAUUGACAUGAAGAAUGCUGUCAUCGGAAACAACAAACAGAAGGCCAACCUGAUAGUGUUGGGAGCUGUGCCAAGACUGCUGUAUCUCCUCCAGCAGAGCUCCUCUAGUCUGGAGCUGAGGACUGAAUGUGCGGUCGUGUUGGGCAGUCUGGCAAUGGGCACAGAGAACAACAUCAAGUCCCUGGUGGACUGUCACAUCAUCCCAGCCCUGCUUCAAGGACUCUUGUGUUCUGAUCUGAUCUUCAUUGAGGCAUGUCUGCGCUGUUUAAGAACCAUCUUCAUCAGUCCAGUCACUCCAGUGCAGCUGCUCUACACAGACCCCACUGUGAUCCCCCAUCUCAUGUCCCUGCUGAGUCGGUCACAGCACACACAGGAAUACAUCACACAAAUCUUCGCCCACUGUUGCAAGACUCCAGAACAUCAGAUGGUGUUGUUCAACCACGGUGCCAUCCAGAACAUCUCUCCUCUGCUCAUAUCUCCCUCCUAUAAGGUACGGAUGCAGGCGUUAAAGUGUUUCUCAGUUUUGGCCCAUGAGAACGCUCAGGUCUCCAUGACACUGGUGAAUGUGCUUGUAGAUGGUGAGCAGCUCUCUCAGGUUUUUGUUGGAAUGAUGCAAAGGGACAAACCCAUUGAAAUGCAGCUUACAGCCGCCAAAUGCUUAACAUACAUGUGUCGAGCAGGAGCCAUCAGGACAGACGACAACUGUGUUGUACUAAAGACUUUGCCGUGCCUAGUGAGGAUGUGCAGUAAAGAGCGGUUACUGGAGGAGAGGGUGGAGGGGGCUGAGACGCUAGCCUACCUGAUGGAGCCGGACGUAGAACUGCAGCGGAUUGCAAGCGUCACUGACCACCUCGUGUCCAUGUUGGCUGACUACUUUAAAUACCCAAGCUCCGUCAGCGCCAUUACUGAUAUUAAGAGGUUGGAUCAUGACUUGAAACAUGCACAUGAGCUGCGACAGGCAGCUUUUAAACUCUAUGCUUCUCUGGGCUCCAAUGACGAGGAUAUCAGGAAAAAGAUUACGGAGACGGAAAAUAUGAUGGACAGGAUUGUUAGUGGCCUAUCAGAAUCUAGUAUCAAAGUACGGUUAGCAGCAGUCAGAUGUCUUCACAGUUUAUCACGGUCUGUACAACAGUUAAGGACAAGUUUCCAUGAUCAUGCAGUAUGGAAGCCACUAAUGAAGUUAUUACAGAACGCACCAGAUGAGGUCCUGGUCAUGGCCUCUUCAACACUAUGCAACCUACUGCUGGAGUUUUCACCCAGCAAAGAGCCUAUCUUAGAGUCUGGGGUCAUCGAGUUACUAUGCAGCCUCACCCAAAGUGACAGCCCAGCUCUAAGAGUCAAUGGCAUCUGGGCUCUCAUGAACAUGGCCUUCCAGGCAGAUCAGAAGGUGAAGGUGGAGAUAGUUCGAGCUCUGGGCACAGAACAGCUCUUUAGACUCCUGUCUGAUCCUGAUACGAAUGUGCUCAUGAAAACACUGGGCUUGCUUCGAAACCUGCUCUCCACCCGGCCACAUAUAGACCAGAUCAUGAGCUCACAUGGGAAGCAGAUAAUGCAAGCGGUCACGCUAAUCCUAGAGGGAGAACACAGCUUAGAGGUCAAAGAGCAGACAUUGUGCAUAUUGGCCAAUAUUGCUGACGGAAACACUGCCAAGGAACUCAUUAUGACCAAUGACGACAUGCUCCAAAAAAUUAAAUAUUACAUGGGUCACUCCAAUGUGAAGCUGCAGCUGGCUGCCACCUUCUGCAUUUCUAACCUCAUCUGGAAUGAGGAGGACGGCUCACAAGAGAGACAAGACAAGCUAAGGGAGAUGGGCUUUGUUGAUAUCCUACACAAACUCAGCCAGGCAUCAGAUCCCAACCUCUGUGACAGGGCAAAAACGGCGAUGCAGCAGUAUUUGGCAUGACCUCGAAGGAAGGCGGGAUAUGGCCUCACUAGCAAUCUCUAGGAGGAUCACAUCUCCCGAGUUUUUGUUUUAGAUUCGAGUUUCGUUUUGCUCUUCCUUUUGUUUUGUUGCACAAGAUACCCUUUGUUGUGGAGACCCUGAACAGCUUCGUAAAUCAAGAGACACGGUAUCCUGGGGGCCACAACACCUUUUGGGCUUUCAGCUACAUUGGCUUAAUAUGUUUUCUG